GGAAAACUAAAAUGAGUCGAUACUACUUGAGACGAAAGAAAAAACAGUUCCAAGAAUUCAGUCUCUCUCGACAGGGGAAGAGGUUCCCCACCAGAUCCCAUUUAUCCAAAGAGUCACCCAAGCCGGACAAAUACAUCAAAAACCAUGAACAUCCCUACGCAACUCGCUCAAAGACCUCUCAUCAGCCUUCCCUACUAUUCAAUGGUAACAAACACGUCUCCAAAAAAGCUGCCCCAGACCCCAAUGUUAUCUACCUCGGAGCAUAUCGCAAGAUCCCUCGAUUUAUUGAUCUAGAAAAUAACCAAGAGGAGCCCCAACAUAUCGUGCUGAUUGAAAAAUUCAAACCGAAUUUCCAAUUCAAAGUGGAAAAAAUGGAUUGUCAACAUGACGACGAGAGCUAAAUGAUGCAGGAAUUGAAUCGCUUUAACACGGCGAAAUGAUUAUAC